CCAAGGCGCCGCACCCUUCCACUCAAUACAGCAUGGGCGCAAUCUGCUCCACCGGCAAAGUUUCAAGCGCGGUCGCUACACCCCGCCCGAAGCCCACUCAGCAGCCAAGCCGCGUCGUCGAUGAGGCGGUCGCCACAUACGAAUCGAGUUCGGCGCCAGCGGGAGAAGCGGUCGCUGCGUCAGCGGACGCCGUUACUGCGAUGAGCGAGGCCAAGCAAGAGUCUGGCGAGGAAGAGGUCGCUGCCGUGGAGGAGGUUGAGCCCAUCGUCCAGUCCAAGUUUGAACAGCUCCUCAAUAUGAUGCUUCAGAGCAAGGGCGACCCGUCUGUCAUCCCCGAGGACUUUUUCGACGGCAUGAGCGAGGACGCGGUGGAGGAGAUGUUUGAUGAGGUGGAGGAGAAGCUGCAGGAGCUGGGUGUGCCCCUGGACGCGAUGACGCCGCGAGCGACGCCGCGAGGGCCCCGGCGGUCUAGCGGGCCGCAGGCGGCGGUGGAGGCUCCUGCCGAGGCGGAGGAGGCGGCGGUCGCGGAGGAUCCCGAGGCGGCGGGCGAGCCCGCCGAGCCCGAGCCCGAGCCCGAGCCGCAGCCAUCGUUGAUCGAGAAGAUCUCCUCCUUCUUCUCCCCGCGCAAGGCGGACGACGCUCCGGCCACAGAUGCGGCCGCGGAGGCCGGGGGGGAGGGGCCGGCCGAGGGCACGGCUGAGGCGGCCGAGGCGGCGUGUGAGCCGGUAUCGGAGGCGGUGGGGGAGCCCGAGGCGGUGGCGGAGCCCGAGGCGGCAGCGGCGGAGCCCGAGGCGGCGGCGAUGGAGCCCGACGCGGCAGCGGUGGAGCCAGAGCCGGAGCCACAGCCGUCGUUGAUCGAGAAGAUCUCCUCGCUCUUUUCGCCGCGCAAGGCGGAGGACGCUGCGGCCACGGAGCCGGAGCCCGAGGCGAAGAGCGCCAACGCGCCCGCUGCGCCCGACGAGGAUCCCGUCGUGGCGGACCUGUCCAUCUCCGAGGAAGCGGCGCCCAUCAGCCCCACAGGAAAGGUGCCUGCAGUUGCGCCCGAGGCGGAGGACGUCCAGCUUUCGACGGAGCGGGUGGCGGGCGUGACCACGACGGUCGCCACAGUGUCAGAUGCGAGCUGAUCAUGGAAAUACGCCGGGGCAAGGAGAGCAGCCCCUAGAGACAGAGAUCAGAGUGGACCAGCAUAGAGUGUCGCGCGUACUCAUCCCGUGAGAGAGGCGUUUCGGGGGGUCGGCAGUACACCGUGAGGGCGUGCUCUCUUGACCGUUGAUGUUCUAGGGGGUAGUGCGUACGACUAACACUAAGAGGGUACUCACAGUGACAGCCACCUCGGCCAAGAACCAUCGCCGAGCCCGCGACGGCGGCAUCAAGCCAUCAACACUCUAAAAUGACCCACAUAUUCUCACAUAUCGGGGGAUAUCGCCGAGCGACUGCGCCGACUCCGACGCCACAACGCACAGUGACCAAGCCCUCGCACCCGAUAUCCACACAUACUGACGGGCCCCAGCAACUACCGUGGACACCACAUCGCAAUUUGCCGGCGCCUCGCGGGUGCUCCCCCCCACGCAGCCCUCUUCCUUAGUGCCGCGCUCGCCGGCGCGCAUCGUAGAUUCGUUCGCUGCGCCAAGCAUCUCGCUCUCGACUUAUCGAGUUGCCCACAGCGCCCCAAAAAUUCCGACAUGUCGGGAGGCGAAUCGCUGGUGUGUGUGUGUGGGGGGG